AAAAAGCAAACGAAAAAGAAUAAACUUAAAAUGAGAAAUAAUAAGACAAAAUUAAUAAAAACGUAAUACAAGAAGAAUAAGAAUAUCAGAACCUAGAAAAAAUAAAAAAUAUAAUUUCAGAUGAUUAAAAUUUUGUUUCAUUUGAAGAUUUUGUAGAUGGUUUAUGUAGUUGGAAACCUUUAUUAGAAAAAUACACAAAAACCGAAAAAUUCAAAAACAUUUAUAAAUUUGUCAAAUAAUAAUAUUAAACAAAAACAUGUUAUCCUCCUAUAGAUGAAGUUUUUAAUGCAUUUAGAUAAACUCCAAUCAAUAAUUUAAAAGUUAUUAUAGUUGGAUAAGAUCCUUAUCACUAACCCGGAUAAGCAAUGGGUUUAUGUUUCUCUGUCAAAAAAGGUGUAAAGCCACCUCCUUCAUUAAUGAAUAUGUACAAAUCUUUAGAAAAUGAUAAAAAAUUAAAGUUUAAAAAACCAUAACAUGGAGAUUUAACAAAAUGGGCUAACUAAGUUGAAUAUAAUAAACCUGAAUCUCACAAAAAUUCAGGAUGGACUGAUUUUACUACUGAAGUUAUAAAAAUUAUUAAUACAGAAUGCUCUGAUAUUAUUUUUUUACUUUGGGGUAUGCCAGCAUAGAAAAAAGCUUCAUUUGUUGACAAAAAUAAACAUAAUGUACUUUUAACUAGUCAUCCUUCUCCUUUAAGUGCUAGUAGAGGAUUUUUAGAAGCAUAACAUUUUUCUAAAUGUAAUGAAAUUCUGUAAAAUUUAGUUAUAUUUAAAAAAUGA